UUUUAAAUGUGCAAAUGCUCUAUCGCGGAAGCAGUCGCUGACAAGGAAUAAAUUUUGGCUUUUACGCCCUUUUCAAAUGUUGGUCUAGAAGAGACGAAAAAAGACAAACAUAAACAUUGUAAACAUUCAAUACUUUCGAUAAGUUUUGAAGGUUUUGAGUUCAGUGCGAAAGGCACAUAAAAUUAUCAUUACAUAUUUAUUUUAUUAGUAUUUUGGAAUGGAAUUUCUCGUGAGAGUUUGUCGCUUGUGCCUAGACACAAAAGAUGUGCAGAUUUCCCCUUCGCUUUACGAUGGCAUCAUCCAGGCGAAAAUUUCUACAAUUUUUAAAUUCCCCUUCGACAGCCGAGCUUCAUUGCCUUCCAGCAUUUGUAUGCAUUGCUUACUGAAGAUUGAUGACUUUCAUGAAUUCGCGGAGACGGUGCGACAAAAUCAGGAUCAGCUGAAAGCAAGAGAACUCGAGUUAUGUGAACUCAAUAUCAAGAUCGAACCUACAGAAAUCAAUAAACCUCCGGAAGUUGAUCAAGACUUAAACAAACCGGUCAUCGCAGUCAAGACGGAAAUCGAUUCUAUUGGAACCCUACACGCACAGACCGAAAAAUACAAAGAGGCUCGUGUUGUGAGUAUCGAAACGAACCAAUGUAUCGUUCAGAGCCACGAUGAUGACACGGUUCAGUUCAAGAUUGAAUUCGAGGACACCGAGAUCCCGAAUGAGCCUGAGCCGUCUGUGGAACGGGUCAAUAAAUUGGAAAAAGAAAAUCGCUUGAUUAAAGAUUUUUUCUUACUUAAAUGUGAAACCUGUUGCACUGAAUUUGAUAACUUUAGCCUAUUGAAACAACACACGACGGUUGUUCAUGGUAAAAAGCUGAUUAUCAAGUGCUGCAAUAAAAACCUAUCCCGGAGGUAUGACCUACUGGAUCACAUCGCACUGCAUCUCAAUCCAAAUCACUUUCAGUGUGACGGAUGCGAUAAAGCGUAUCAACGCAAAGUGGACCUGAUCAACCACCGGCUUAGGGCGCAUGGCAACGAUGAGGAUAGCCCUUUCAAAUGUGACCAAUGUCAGGCAUCUUUUCCCAAGUCGUACUUGCUGAAAGCCCAUUUAACCAAACACGUUCAGGUGGAGUGCGACAUUUGCCGAAAAGUUCUGUCGAAUCCUGUGGCCCUUCGGAAUCACAAGAUUCAAGUGCAUAGUGACGGGAAUAAACAUGUGUGCGACACAUGCGGUUUAGAACUAAGCAGUAAACCGGCAUUGCAAAGACACAAGACUCGUCAUGAGCCAAUCGAUCCAGAGGAUCGUGUUGCUUGCCCAAUUUGCAGCAAGUGGUUUCCGAAUGCAGAAAAUCUGAAAAAUCACAUCAGAUACCUGCACGAAGCUAACGAGUCGACUUGCGACGUAUGCCAACAGGUGUACUCCAACAAACGGGCCAUGCAAGUGCACAAACAGCGAGCACACUCAAAGGCAUUGCACGAGUGCGACAUUUGCGGUAAAAAAUUUACCCGUAAGCUCGCACUGAAAGAGCACUAUUCGAUUCAUACCGGGGAGAAGUUGUACCGGUGCGACCUAUGCGGAAAAUCCAUUAGCAAUAUUUCGUUUCUGUACAAGCACCGGAAGCUCAAACAUCCGACGGAGUGGUUGGCAGAGAAACAGAAGGCGUAUGCAAGUGCAUCGGUCGCACCGGAUAAAACUGAUCAACACGAAAACGGCGAUGACAAAAAUAUGAAUUGUAAAUUGAGCACAACUUAAUGAAUAACGUGGAGAAAAAUAAAUGUGGCAGACGGUAAA